AUGCCUCGCAGAAAAUCAAACCUAGGUCGUCGUACUCGUGGAGCAGAAGCAGUGCGACGAGUAAUUGCAAAUCAAACUGAGGAAGAACGGGCAUCAGCCAACGAGCGAAACAGACAAAGAAUGGCUCAAAAACGUGCCAAGGAAACUGCAGAGCAACGUGCAGCCAGACUUGAGGAUGCACGGUUGCGAGCACGGCGAUCGCGUUCUGCAGCUUUAAAUCGGCUUCGUUCUCAACAGAAUGAACGCCACAGGCUGAGAGUGCCCGAAAGACUUCAACACAAAACAUCAGAUCAGCAUCAAACACAACUCCAUGCUCAGCAAUCACGCGAUUACCAUCGCCUUGCAUUCCAGUACAACCCAGCUGAUGAUUAUAGUUUGAGCUGGCAUAUUCUCAUCGGCACUGUGACUGAAGUGUGUCCUUAUUGCAAGGCUCUGAGAUUUAAUGCAGAAACAAAAGGAAUGUGUUGUGUCGCCAGAAAAAUUAAACUACCUCAACUUGGAGAACCUCCAGAGCAGGAGAUUUCAGGCAAACAUUACCUGUAA